CGGGAGGGAUGCUGCUGCAGCUGCCAGUGCAGCGCUGUUAAAUCUGCUGGUCAGCCCUUCCGAGGAGCAGCCGCCGCCCGCCGGCGGCUCUUGGGCUUUGAGGCAGGAGCGGGAGGAGUCGAGGCGCUUUCUGCUAGUUGCCUCCUGCUGCAGAGGGGGAUUUAGUGGCUGUUUACCCCCCUCCGCCGACUUUUCUCCCAGCCCCCCAGCAUAACCUCGGACCCUCCUCCUCCUCCCCUCCCCGCGAUCUUCCAACCAUGAGCAUGUCUGUUUUUACCUUAUAAAGAUGGCGGUGUGGGAUCACUGCAACCUUUAGACUAAUGACUGUCAGAAACAUCGCCUCCAUCUGUAAUAUGGUUCUGCAAGAACAGUUACAUGCAGUUGCCAGCUUCCUUCCAUGUGGUGCCCCAGCAUGCCCUUUGCAGGUGAUGUCACACCCACCAUUCAUCAGCACUGGAGAAUGGAGCCUGCCUAUAGGGGCACCAAUGCCUCUGCUCUGGAAAAAGACAUUGGUCCAGAGCAGUUUCCAAUCAAUGAACACUACUUUGGGUUGGUCAAUUUUGGGAACACCUGCUACUGUAACUCUGUGCUGCAGGCAUUGUAUUUUUGCCGGCCAUUUCGGGAGAAUGUGUUGGCAUACAAGGCCCAACAGAAAAAGAAGGAAAACCUCUUGACAUGCCUGGCAGACCUUUUCCACAGUAUUGCUACUCAGAAGAAAAAAGUUGGAGUGAUUCCACCAAAGAAGUUCAUUUCAAGGUUACGAAAGGAGAAUGAUCUCUUUGACAACUACAUGCAGCAAGAUGCACAUGAAUUUUUAAAUUACUUGCUAAACACCAUUGCAGACAUCCUGCAGGAAGAGAAGAAGCAGGAAAAGCAAAAUGGGAAACUAAAAAAUGGCAACAUGAAUGAAGCUGAAGAGAACAAUAAACAAGAACUCACCUGGGUGCAUGAGAUUUUUCAGGGAACACUGACUAACGAAACUAGAUGUUUGAACUGUGAAACCGUUAGUAGCAAAGAUGAGGAUUUUCUUGACCUUUCUGUUGACGUGGAGCAGAACACAUCCAUUACGCACUGUCUGAGAGACUUCAGCAACACAGAAACAUUAUGUAGUGAACAGAAGUACUACUGUGAAACUUGCUGCAGUAAACAAGAGGCACAGAAAAGGAUGAGAGUAAAAAAGCUGCCAAUGAUCCUUGCAUUGCACCUCAAGAGAUUCAAGUACAUGGAGCAGUUACACAGGUACACCAAACUCUCUUACCGUGUGGUAUUUCCUCUGGAGCUACGUCUCUUCAACACAUCCAGCGAUGCAGUCAACUUGGAUCGCAUGUAUGACUUGGUGGCUGUUGUCGUUCACUGUGGCAGUGGACCUAAUCGUGGGCAUUAUAUUACCAUUGUGAAAAGUCAUGGAUUUUGGCUUUUGUUUGAUGAUGACAUUGUAGAGAAAAUAGAUGCUCAAGCUAUUGAAGAAUUCUAUGGUCUGACCUCUGAUAUAUCAAAAAAUUCAGAAUCUGGUUAUAUUUUAUUCUAUCAGUCAAGAGAGUGACUUGGAGAACUGUGAAAUGCUGCAAGUGGAGAAAACUGAUCAGCACUGUCAACUGACUUUUACACAGAGCACAUUCUGAAUAGUCGAACAAUGAUCUAUCUUAUCUUCUACUAAAUGGUUUAUGUGUUCUUGACUAUAACCCUUCAUUUCUGACAUGCAGCACUUUUUUUUUUUUUUUUUUUUUUUAGUAUGACUCAGAAUGAAUUGCAGUCAGCUCUUAGUAAAAUUUAUAUGGACUAACAUUUACAGAUAAUAGGAUUUGGGGUCAUCUGUUAAAUCCAGCUGAGCUAGAAUAGUAUUUUCUAUGGAAGUGUGCAUUACAUUUAGGGCAAAUUGUUUAAACUUUCUAAAUAGCUUUGGGAUAUCAUUUUAUGAAGCAUUCCUUUAAAUAUGUACUAAUAUGUAUUGUUAUCCAUUUUAAGUGUAGAAAAAAUAUAUUUCAUAACCAUUGGAAUUGUGGUUGCAUAGGGGAUUUUGUCACAUGUUACUCUCCACCACUAGAAAGAUAUUCUUCCCAAAUCCUUUGAGCUUUGGGUUAUUAAAAACUUUAAAUGGGUAACUUCAAGACUACAAGUCACAUAAAGAGAUUUAAAUGACAUUGGAGCAAAAUGAUACAAUGUGUCCAGUCUUCCUGUUUAUCCUGAUGAGAGAGCACAGAUAAGCUGAGCUGGUCAUUUUGAUUCUAAAACCACAGAGGCACUGAGGGUUUUGUGGGGAAAAGUGGAGGGAGAGGUUCCUCAUAUGAAGUACUUUUCUAAGGAAUGAUCUUAUGUUUCUGCCAAAAAGAAUAACAGAACGUGUGUGUGCUUAUUGAGUUCACAGAUAUUCCAAUAUUGAGCAUACAAAACAUCUCCUUCAUCAGGGCUAGUAUUACACAGUCUAGUUAAGUAAUGUUAUUGAUACAAUAUCUAUCAUUGGGCUCAAUCUCGCAAUGUGCUGAGCACCCACAGCUCCAAAUGACAUCAGUGGCAACUGUAGGUACUUGGCACCUAGGACAAGGCCCAUUGCUUAUCAAUGUAGAACACCUGUUAUGUAAUAGUCUGUAGUUUACACCUGCAGUAUGUAUUGACCAUACUCCCAAUCAGUAGUCUUGUUUGUCAACAUCUCAAUCACUGUGGUAUCAGAAAGGUUCAAGAGUACAUGGUUCUAGAGAUAUCAAAAGGCAUAAUGUGACUGUUCAUGUUUUACUUUUCAAACCUGGUUGGCACUGGUCAUGUUCUAGCUAAUAAAUUGCUAUACAAGUAAUACUGGAAAUACUUGGCAAGAAAGGAGGGUAGGAGGAAGUAUCAAUAGGGCAUGAGAAGGGAUUGAUUGUGUGUUGAGAGUAAUUUUCUGUCUGACAGCUAACUUGGUAGAUUUGACAAUAAUAUUUCACUAUUUAGUGUAUGGACUUUAAGGAUCGAAUCCUGAUCUCACUGAAGACAAUUGGUAAAACUACCAUUAUCUUCAAUAAAACCAUGAUUUGGCCCUGUUAGGGGGGAGAGGAGAGAAAGAGAGGGGGAGGAAUUCUAGAAAGAAGCAUCAUCAUCUCACAGUAUUUACUGUUACGUGUUUUUAACUUUGUAUAUUUAUUAGAAAGUGUCACCUUCAGUACUUUUUUAGAAGUUCAACUGUAGUUUUGUCGCUGAGCUUUUUAUUUCAACAAAUAUUGUUUAAAACCAGUGUUGAAUCUGAUAGCUCUGUUUCUCUUGGGAGAGUGGGAAAAAAAAACUUACUUGUGUUACAAUCUACUGUGAAAGUGAAAUUGUUUUUGUUACAUUUUAGUGAGCAUGCAAUGUUAGCCUCUGGCAUAACAUGGUUUGAAAUUAAUUUGGAAUUAUAAGU